AUGGUUCGCAUUCAAGACCUCCCCCAGGAGCUGCUUCUGCAGAUUUUCUCCUCCGUUGCCCAUAGCAAUCCUUCCAACCCACAGGAUCAGACCACCAGAUUUUUCGAUGAAAGCACCAAGACCCAGUCCCAACAACCCCCUGCCGAUAGACUGUUCCCACGCCCUCCUUGGGUCGCCGAGUAUGAAGAUGAUGAGACUGAUGAGACUGAUGAGGAGAUUCCGGGGGACAAUGGGAAGGGAGGGAGCGCACAGAUCCAGGAGAUCAUCGACUUGUACAACUUGUGUCGGGUGUGCCACUUGUUCCGCGAACUCGCCCAGCCCCUGCUGUUCGAGCAUGUUGACUUGUCUGGCUUCCCUGGCGAUCUGCGAAACCUCGUCUCCCUUACCCGUACCGUCCUCCGCCGUCCUAGUCUAGGCGAACAUAUCCGCAGCCUCCCCGUCCUUCCAGACCACGAUCAUCAUGUCUUUCAUCAAAGCCCGCAGCCCCUAACCGCCAACGACCGAAAGCUCUUUACCUCAUCCAUACGUGACCUCCGCUUAGACAAGGAGGACGAGCGCGACUGGAUGAGUGUUUUGAAGGAAGAGGAGUUCGACUACAGUCUUAUGGUCGUCUUGCUUAUCCUGAAAGCCCCAAACCUCCGCAUGUUGACAUUGGCGGGAGGCGACGACCUCCUCAAGGGCUACCCGCUCGCUUUUUAUGAGGAGAUGAUCAGUCGGCUCCAGUUACGCUUGAUAGAUAUUGAAGAAGCCCACCUCAGUGACGACCUGUUCCCCGCCUGCUGGACUCCACAGUCUCUGACCAUGAACCGGAUCGGCCUACACCUCUGCCAUAUCGAUGCCCCCUCUGUCACCAAAUUACUCCGCGCAUGCCGCACAGUGACCUCCUUCACUUACGACAACUUUACCACGGACCCCGAGGACCAGCCUCAUAACCUCCGCCCCGUUCGCGAACCCACCGCCCCCGAACUCAGCGCCGCGCUCCUACCCCACAAGGACAGCCUAGAAGGCUUGACAAUGACCUGGAACCGCGAACCCUGGGAGCGAGAGAACAUCCAGGAUUAUGUGGCCCGCCAGGCGAAGAUCGGCUCGCUGCGCGACUUCUCCGUGCUCCGGCGACUGACCGUCCAACAAGCUUUCCUGCCGCCGCAGCCCCAGUUCCCUCCCACACUCGAAGAGCUCACCGUCGAAGACUGUAACAUUCCGGUCCGUGGUUUGGCCGAGCAUCUGGCCCAGGAGCGUCGCCAGGGACGCCUUCCCGCACUCAAGAGCGUCAAGAUGCUCGCCGUGGACAUCACCGACCCCGUCAAACUCCCGGGUCAGCAGAUCCCAUUUGGCCAGACGCCGGAGCAGUGUUAUACUACUAUCAAGGACCUGUUCAAGGAUACGUCCGUCGAUUUCACCAUCCUUCCUUAUCCGGACUGUCCGCAAAAUAUCGCUGGCGACUCCGACCUCGACGACUACUCUGAUGAUGACCCCUACGAUAUGACUGAUGAAUAUGGCUUGCUGGGUCUCCGCGAAGGGGGGAACAGCAUAUUCCAGGCGAUGCAGGCACAGGGGGACCAAUACAUGGAUGAUGAGUUCGACGAGUGA